AUGGAAACAACGGUCAAGGCUGGGCCUGGACGACCAUUGGUGUCUUGCACUGUUUGUCGAAAGCGCAAGCUAAAAUGCGACCGUCAACAUCCCUGCCGGAAUUGCCUGCGAUCGCGAUCAAAGAACCCAGAGCGAGACUGCGUCUAUGAGGACGUCUCAACUCUUGACCCCGCGCGACAGUCUCGACGCCGGUCAUCUAUGAACCAGAAACGGCUGACACCUUUAUCUACACCUCGACUCAUCUCGCCAGCUGCGGGCCCUCUUUCAUCUGAUGAAGCAGAGGCGGUUGUGGUGGUGCCUCGAACACGGGCGGCGACGCCAUCUGCGUCUCAAUCGCAUGCCACUAAAUCAGACUACAAUCAAUCAUACCCCUCGAUUUCCGCGCCUCAGUCAGUACGAGGGCCCAAGUCCUUGGCGAGUGACGUCUGCUCCAACCAGCAGCCAGUGGGAAGCACAUUCUUCGGAAACACUAUGGCUGUCGCUCGCGGCGUGACACAUAAGGCGCGCUUCUAUGGUCAAAGUCACUGGCUCACCAUCAUUAUGAUGUUUCCAGACCUAGCAGAGACCAUCGUAAAGGAUUUGUGCGUCGAGGACUCCAAGGCGCUCUCGGCGAUGCGCAAGUGCAAAGCUCUGGCGAGAGAAAUCAAGAUACAGAGGGCGCCAGUCUGGCCAACUGCACCGACUGCAGUUUUACCCGCAAAGAACUUGGCCGAUGAGUUGGUCGACUCGUACCUAGACACUUCCGAGACCCUGUACAGGGUCUUGCACAUGCCGUCUUUCAGAAGGGAUUACGAUUCUCUUUGGCUACUCGGCCAGGAUGCGUUGCCAGACAAGGCCUUUUUGAUGCAGCUCAAACUAGUACUGGCCAUUGGGGCUACCACCUACGACGACACAUUUUCUCUACGCUCCUCGGCCAUGACCUGGGUGUACGAAGCCCAGACGUACCUGUCAGAACCGGGCAGCAAAUCGCGGCUCAGCAUCCAGUCAUUGCAGAUCAGUGUCUUACUUUUGAUAGCACAAGAGGCGAUAGGUCUUGAGGCUCAUGCGCUUUGGAUCGCAGCUGGUGCUCUUGUCAGGACUGCCAUGCACAUGGGCCUGCACCGAGAUCCGACGGACCAGUUUGUUGCGUCGCGCCCAAGACUUGCGCAUGAAAUGUGUCUUCGACUGUGGAACACGGUGCUGGAGCUGGCUCUGCAGUCAAGCUUUGUAGCUGGAAAGCCUCCGCUCGUCUCGACUGACGAUUUUGACGCACCUUGUCCUGGAAACUUUGACGACGAUCAAUUGAUGCCCGAAGUAAAAGACCCUUUGCCGAAGACAGAGCAACAGUUUACCCAGAUGACAAUUCCCAUUGCGCUACGGAAAAUGUUUCCACUUCGCUUGGCAGUGGCCAAGAUGCUCAAUGACGUCAAUGCGCAGGUAACUUACGAAGAAGCCCAAAAACUUGACCAAGGGCUGCGAGACGUAUACAAAGACGUGUUUCGGACGCUUACACGUGCUGGGCUCAUUCAUCCGGCGUCGGCGCCGCGUUUUGACAUUAAGGCCCUGGAUGUUAUUGUACACCGGUACAUUUCGUCCCUGCACGUUCCGUUUCUCGAGAAAGCACAACACGAUCCUACCUACGCAUUCUCGAGACAAGCCGCUGUGGAUAGAGCCCUGCGGAUUUGGCGUGCGGCGAGCUCAUCCUGGCAAAGGGCGCCGCUCGGCAUAGGCACAGAGUCUAUUAUUGACUUUGCAAAUUCAUCCGCGACGGACAAAUUUGGUCGCUUUGCACGGUGCGGAUCUGCAGCAGGAUUUUUUCGCUCUGCUGCGUUUCACGCCAACUUGACUGUAGCAUUCGAGCUGAGGACACAACUGCAGGAACAAGAGAGCCUGGGCCCGGCCAUGCUACGGCCAGAUCUCAUCUCCGUGUUGGAAGACGCUAAACACUUUACUAUGCAAAGUAUUGAUGCCGGCGAGACAAAUGUAAAGGGGUAUCUGUUCAUUUGUCUGAUCACGAUGCAAAUUUACAGUCUGCAGCAAGGCAUGGGGCCCGACGACACUCGAAGUGCCAUACUCGGCGCCGUGGAGGACGCCUUGGAUGUUAGCCUGAACAGUCUUGAGAAUAUGCGAAGAGCAGGAGCAGCCCGGAGGGUUUCAAACUCUAACCUUGAUAGCACAUUUGCGACGGCGAUGGCGACGCCGCCAGGCAUGACUGAAGGCUACGAUUCACAGGUAAGAUGCUCUGAUGGCCGCCUCGCUUCUUUUACUUAUGAAUCGAUGUUAGAUGCCUCAUAUGAUGUUUCAAUCGACGAAUGA